AUGGAUUCUACAAGCGUCAAGGCUGAGAAUGUCCAUAUAAGCGAGGUCGCUGUGAAGGAUACCAUGCAACUUAUCCGAGGAGUAGCACCCCCUUCACCACCAGCCACAGAUGAGAGCUGCUCAAUCGCAGAAGACGAAACAGUUGAGAUUCCCCUGCCACCGCCCACGACUAUUCCCACCGAGACUCUAGACAUCGACCUCAAAACCCCCGACAGCCAUGUGCCACGAGAUCCCAGGCUAAUUCGGUUGACUGGCGUCCAUCCCUUCAACGUUGAAGCACCACUAACCGCCCUAUUCAACGAAGGCUUCCUCACCAGCCCAGAACUGUUCUAUGUUCGCAACCAUGGAGCAGUACCACAAGUCUUGGAUGAGGAUAUCCCAGAUUGGGAGUUCUCUGUUGAGGGACUCGUCGAAAAACCGAUUACCAUAAACAUGCGUCAACUCAUGAGCGAGUAUGAGCAGGUCACUUAUCCCAUCACACUGGUAUGUGCCGGGAAUCGACGGAAGGAGCAAAACAUGGUACGAAAGAGCAAAGGGUUUUCUUGGGGAGCUGCUGGACUAUCGACUGCACUAUUUACCGGUGUGAUCAUGGGCGACGUCAUCAAACGAGCGAAGCCUACAAGGAGGGCAAAGUACGUCUGCAUGGAGGGAGCGGAUAAACUUCCAAACGGGUAUUAUGGUACGUCUGUGAAGCUUAACUGGGUUCUUGAUCCCAAUAGAGGUUUCAUGCUUGCCUACAAAAUGAAUGGCGAGAUGCUACGGCCCGACCAUGGCAAGCCACUUCGUGCCGUCAUUCCUGGUCAAAUUGGUGGUCGAUCUGUCAAGUGGCUGAAGAAGCUUAUUGUCACGGACGCACCAAGCGACAAUUGGUAUCAUAUAUACGAUAAUCGAGUUCUACCGACCAUGGUAUCCCCUGAAGAAUCGGCGAAUGACCCCAGAUGGUGGACCGAUGAGAGAUAUGCUAUCUAUGAUCUGAGUCCCAACUCCGCCAUCUGUUAUCCUCAACACGAAGAACAAUUCUGCCUAUCUGACGCCCCCAGCAGAUACAGAGCCAGGGGUUAUGCAUACAGUGGUGGUGGACGACGUAUCACUCGUGUCGAAAUAUCUCUUGACAAGGGUAAGACGUGGAGACUAGCCAAUAUUGAAUAUGCUGAGGACAGAUAUCGCGAAGUUGAAAAAGAUUUAUAUGGCGGUCGCUUGGAUAUGUCAUGGCGGGAGACUUCCUUUUGUUGGUGUUUCUGGUCGAUCGAUCUAGCCACAAGUGAACUUGCAGCUGCAAAGGAUAUGUUUGUGCGAGCCAUGGAUGAAAGUAUGAACGUCCAGCCCAGAGAUAUGUACUGGUCCGUCUUGGGUAUGAUGAAUAAUCCCUGGUUCCGCGUUACCAUCUCUCUGGAGGGAGACUACCUGCGUUUUGAACAUCCCACACAGCCAGCUCUGCUGCCCGGUGGCUGGAUGGAGAGAGUCAAGAAGGCAGGUGGGAACUUGGCCAAUGGCUUCUGGGGUGAAAAGCUGGAAGGAGAGGAUAAGGAAGUGACCGCAACUGAAAGUCCAAAAGAAAUAUCGAUGGUCAAGGAGGGCUUGAAGAAUACCAUCACCAUCGAUGAGCUCAGAAAACACGGUGGAGAGGAACAGCCGUGGUUUGUGGUUAAUGGUGAGGUGUAUGAUGGUACAGCAUUCCUCGCGGGCCACCCAGGAGGAGCUCAGAGCAUUAUUUCAGCUGCUGGUCUUGAUUCCACUGAGGAAUUCAUGGCUAUUCACAGUGAAACCGCAAAGGCAAUGAUGCCAACCUAUCAUAUUGGAUCUCUGGAUGAAGCUUCAAAAAAUGUGUUGAGUGAAGGAGACUCGGAAACGAACCAAUCGGGAGGUCCUACCGAGACUUUUUUGCAAUCCAAAGUAUGGAAGAAGGCCAUUUUACAUGGAAAGAAAACCGUUUCUUGGGACACACGCAUUUUCACGUACAAAUUGGAACACGACGCGCAGCGUCUUGGCUUGCCGGUUGGGCAACAUCUCAUGGUACGACUGCGAGACCCUGCAACUCGAGAAGCCAUUAUUCGAAGCUAUACCCCUAUAUCGGAAAUCAAUGACAAGGGCUUCAUGGACAUGCUUGUGAAAGUCUACUUUGCAAAUAAGGAGAGUCAAGGAGGGAAAAUGUCUCAGGCAAUGGAUGCCCUUCCCAUCGGCCAUUUCAUAGAGAUGAAAGGUCCUAUCGGCAAAUUCGAAUAUCUCGGAAAUGGUCGUUGCUUGGUCCAGGGCAAAGAACGGACUGUCAAAUCAUUUGUCAUGAUAUGUGGCGGUAGUGGGAUCACCCCGAUUUAUCAGGUCUUUCGGGCAGUCAUCCGCAACCCGGAAGACACGACGCAAUGUAUCAUCUUCGAUGGAAAUCGCCUCUUCGAGGACAUCUUGUGCAAAGAGGAGCUGGACCGUCUCGAGCAAGACAAUGGUGAUAGGUGCAAGAUCUUGCAUACGCUCACCAAGCCUUCGGAUGAUUGGAGGGGUCUUCGUGGUCGAAUUACGGGCCAGCUUGUCCAAGACAAUAUUACGAGAACUGAGGAAAGUUUGGUACUACUUUGUGGUCCUGAAGCGCUGGAGAAGACAAUGCACAAGGCGCUGCUGGAACAAGGUUGGACGGAGGACCAACUGAUGUUUUUCUGA